AUGGCGUCUGCGGAGAUGUAUGGGUUAGAAUGGUGCAGACGUAGGCGAAUACCAAUUGUUCAUAUGGCCCGCAUGGUUCAAAGUCGUGAACUUGGUAGCCGGAAACCAGGAACGAAUUUCUUUUAUGGUGCUCGACAAUUUUAUCAGUGCUUUCAUCCAGGCUGUAGUAUAUCAGGAGUUGACAAGAAAAAUUUAAUUAUUAGAAGAUUUUCGCCAGAUGGACGUAGUCUCGUUUGCUUUUCUUCAAACUGCCAUGAUUUGUAUGUUCAUGAUUAUCGUGGUUUUACAGAUGCUUACAACAAGCAGCCGGAAACCAUGUUUGAGGACGUUUUUCGGGAGCGCUUUGUACUGAACUUGAUAACUGAUGAAGAAGAAGGAGCCGUUUUAAACAAAGAAUUCGUUUUUUUUACAGAGGAUUGCCGUUAUUUAUUGGUUGCUGCGGAAUAUCCUACAUCGGAAAAUGCUCUAAGAUGGAAUGAUGUUUAUCAAAAUAACGAGUCACUUCCUCCAGUUUCAGUACAAGCACUCAUAAAUUAUAUCAUUUAUUGCAUCGACAUAAAUACAGGUGAUAUCUGUGACAAAUAUUACCUGGAAGCAGAUCGUCUUUGGAUAUCACGUGGAGUAACCCUGAUGGGAUAUCUCCUUGCUAUUCUAUCAUUUCAACAUCAAACGAUUCAUUUUUUGCAUAUUAGUGAAGACACGGGUUAUUUCACUUUACUCGGCCAUAUGGGACGGUAUUUGUUUGCUGACGAUGAGGAUCUUGUAAUGGCAGCUGAAAAAAGUCCGGAUAGUCCUACCACGGAUGUUGUUCUUAGCGGAAUAAAGCAACGAAUUUUGACAUAUCUUUAUCAUCGAUGUACAGAUUCAACUCAAGUUGACAAUUUUUUGCACACUUUCGCACAGUUUCGAUCGCUAAGAAUGUGGCAAAUGCAGUUGGUCACUCAGAGCGUUAUAUUAAUCCGUUUUGUGAACGAAGAGGCGUUUGCUGCGACCCCAGGAAUUGGCAGCUACCCAUUAUUAUUCGUGUUGAUGGACUGGCAGAGAGGUGAUAUCCUGGGUGUAUUUGAUCGCUAUUCAGCGAAUUUUUUGAAGCUGAUAGAAAAAUGUCAAGAAGAGCUGAAGUAUGCUCAUAUUUUAUCGAAUCGUUUCCCUUGCACCAUUCAACACUGCCAACAAGCGCUGAUUGCCUAUCAACGUAUGAAAGAUGCACUUACUGAUGCUCGAGGAGGAUCUGAUAGGGAAACACGCAGACGUAUUAUAUGUCAGUUGCCUUAUUCAUUCAGUUAUAUUCCUGUAGAAACUCCAUAUUUGGAUCCAUCAAUGUUUCGUUUUGAUGAUCGACUAAUUACACUUAUUGAACGGACCAAAUUAGCUGACAGUGACGUGAUUCGAUUAAAACUAGUUUCUUCUUUCUCCAAUUCCUCUCCUGUAAACAUUGUUGAUAGAGUGAUUGCUCCUACUCGUUUUCCUAAUGCACAGCUUCUUAAGUUUUUCUCUCGUCUAACAUGUUUGCCGUUAUUUGAAAUGAAUCUCAAUCAAGGUCGCUUUGUUCAACUUCUCUUUCAUCCUACAGAUCCGUUCGCUAUUUCAGUUGAUCGCACUCGCGGCUUUGGUACUGCCACUUUCCAUUUACCAUCAUUUAUUACACCA